GUGUUUAACGUGUUCAUGACGUAACUCGACACAGUUAUACGCGAACAUUGCAAACAGUUCGAAAGAAUUUCAAAGUAUGAGUACGAGUUAGGUGUAAAGUGGAUCAAAACUCAGAUAAACAAACUUUUUGGAUUUGCCUCCGAGUUUAUAAGGGACUUUAUUUUAUUAGUGACUAAAUGGGAAGUUACAAACUCCUUCUAAACAAGAUUAAAUAAUUACUGCUUCUUCUAUUUCUAAAAAUGGGGGAAGGUGUUUAUUCUCCGGAAAUUACUGCUGAAUAGGCGUAAUAAACUUUACUAACAAGCCAUUGGGCAGUGGAAGAUGGCGUGUGUAGAAAAGGAGAGGUAUUAAACCAAAAUGGCCAUCGCCCGAGCGUUAUUGGUGCUUCUAGUAGCCACGGCUCAAGCCUGGAUGCCGGAUACCAAUGCUCGCAUAGAAGUCAAAUAUGGCGAUGAAACUUCUGAACAGUUUGUAGGCAACGCGAUGGAGCCAGACCACUUUCGCAUUUUAGACAAAGAUGACUUCUCUAUUAUAGUCGGUGGAAGGAAUACGGUCUACAACCUCAGCCUCUACGAUUUAUCAGAAAAUACUGAACAGCGUCUAGCAUGGCAAUCAACGGAUGCACACCGGGAAUUAUGCCAAGUAAAAGGAAAAUCAGCUGACGAAUGUCAAAAUUACCCACGCGUCGUAGCCCGAACGCACAAGGGACUGCUGGUCUGCGGUACAAAUGCGUUUAAACCACUUUGUCGGCGCUAUGGGCGGCAGACACACUCAUCUCCUUUAGAAGAAUUCGACGCUUCCGGCCGUUGCCCAUACGAUCCUCAACACAACUCCACCGCUAUAUAUACCAAUGGACAAUUGUAUACGGCAACAGCUGCAGAUUUCUCUGGAACUGACCCCCUCAUAUAUCGCGAACCUGUACGAACAGAACGUUCUGAUCUUCGUUUACUUAACGACCCGUCAUUUGUUGGAGCUAUCGCGUCAACCAGUCACGUUUACUUUUUUUAUCGGGAAACAGCCGUCGAAUACAUGAAUUGCGGAAAGGCCGUGUACUCAAGAAUUGCGAGAAUUUGUUUAAACGAUAAAGGAGGACCACACACAUUCAGCGACCGCUGGACUUCGUUUUUGAAAACACGCCUUAAUUGUUCCAUACCAGGAGAUUACCCCUUUUAUUUUGAUGAAAUUCAAGCAACUACUGAACUCAUCAACGGUGUGUAUGGCAGUGGCAACAGUAGAAAUGAUAUAGUAUACGCCGUUUUUACAACACCUCAAAAUGCCAUAGGAGGAUCGGCUGUUUGUGCUUUUGCUAUGAGAGACAUUCUAGAAGCAUUUGAGGGGCCAUUCAAAGGUCAAGAAAGUAUGAACUCUAACUGGCUCCCAUUAGAAAAACAUAAAGUACCAGAUCCACGACCUGGGACUUGCGUAGGAGAUAGCCGUACACUUACAGAUUCUGCUGUUAAUUUUAUUAAAACUCAUCCACUAAUGGAUAGAGCAGUACCGUCAUUUCUGGCAAGGCCAAUUCUCAUUAGAGUUAGUUUGCAAUAUAGAUUUUCUGCUAUUGCCGUUCAUCCCCAAGUUCAAGCAAUGAAUGGCAACAAAUAUGACAUCAUGUAUGUCGGUACCGAUGAUGGCAGAGUUAUUAAGGCUGUGAAUGUAGCUUCCAACGAAGGAGAAUUCGAUGCUAGUGUAGAUGAAUAUAGCAAAAGCCCAGUAAGAACAGUUGUAAUAUCUGAGGUGCAAGUUUUACCUCAGGGUAUGCCUAUCAAACAGAUGCACGUAGCCCUUACUACAGAAAAACUUAUUGUUGCAUCUGGGGAUAUAAUAAAAGCAGUGACACUGUCACAUUGCGGCAACGUGCGCUCUUGCAGAGAGUGUAUAACACUGCAAGAUCCCCAUUGUGCAUGGGACUCUAAGCAACAGCAAUGUUCUUGGGUCGGAAACAGGCAAUUUCCGAAUCCUGAGAGAUUUCUACAAAAUGUAGAAUAUGGAAAGACUGAUAUAUGUAAUAAGUUGCCAGCUCUUAUGCCAGGGCAUAGUAAUAAAAAUCCGGGAACAAAGAAACCUAAGUUAUCUGACACUGAUGAUAUACUAAAUGAAAUACCAAUAGAAGUAAUUGAAAAUAACGUUAUAUCAGAAGAAAAAAAUACUAAUAAUAAACAUGAAACAGACUUACUAACUGUCGAAGCAGCAGAUGGUAACAUAUACAGUGCUCAGGCAUUACUAACAGCGGUAGUUGCAUCUUGCGUGGUGACACUGAUGGUGGGAUUUGUCAUCGGAUAUCUCUUUUCUCGGAGAUUUCGACAUCCGUUUUUUACGGACACCUCACCCUUCAAUGAACAACAUAAUCAUUUGAACAGACGGAGUCCAUUAGAAACGCCAUUAAACACUAAUUCAGGUUUCAUAGCGACACGAUCGAAGAAUGUUAACAUGGUGGCAAACGUAGGGCCCCUUGUUAAGCAGGAUAAUUUACACCUCGAGCUUGGCAAAGAACGUACACUAGACCUAAGAAACUCCACCGAAUCACUCGAUAAGGAUCUUAAGUGCGGUACCUUACAAAAAGUUAAAAAGACUUAUAUUUGAAAUAUACCUCAGCAGACAAUGUAUGGAUCUAUUAUAAAGUGAUUGAACUAAAUGUGCGUCGCGUGUGCCAAGUACUCCGAACAAUUCGGUUAUAACGAUGUGUGUGUUUGGUGUGAUCAUACUUGUUGAUUAUACUUGAAUUGUAAAUAUUGUUUUGACUGUACAGUUUGAACUAGUAUCCAAUGUUUUUAUAUUAAAAUAGCCAGUCUUUAAGCUAAAAUAUAAAGAUUGGUUAAAUUUUAGAAUAAUUUAUUAUAUUAUAACUUUUGUCACUAUUUUAAAAAUUAUAUUCGGUUAAAUGACGUCUUGAUUAAUGCGAUGAAGCGACAUGGGAACGGCUAUGUUUAAAUAUGUAUUGUUAAACGUAACAGGACCAACUAUUCAAAAUAUAACUGUGCUUGGAAAACUACGAUUCAAUUAAAUAAACGACGAUAGAUUUUAUUAACCUAAUAUGUUGCUUAACAGUAAUUUUCAAGUCGCUAAUAAUCGCCAGAAGACGAAUACCUAAAUCAUACCGAACUGCAAUCCUUAAAUUUUGUAUUAAACAUUAGGGGCUUCCAGUAUGAUAAAGAAGGCCAAUAGCGCUUAGUUAAGAUCAAAUUAAUAUUUUGUAUUUAAAUAACUUCAUUUCUAAUUUUUCUCCGAAGAAUAUCCCUAAUAGAAAAUACCAUCCAACUUCUCGCGGUUAACUUCUUAUAUUGUAUCAGUCGCAUUACAAAUUAUAUAACAUGCCGUAAAUAUUACAUAUAUCGGAUGCUAAAAACGAUUAACAGCAUUAAUUUAGGAAAUAAUUUUAUGUAGUUUUUUUAGCAGCGCCUGGUUCAGUCCAUUCAUUGUAUAAUAGAAUGCUGUAUAUUUUUUAUAAUUUAACUGGAAGUCCCCAAUGUUACUGCGACCUUUCUUACCUAAUAAUUCAAAUUUAGUUGUAAUUGUCUUAUUUACAUUCCAUAAAAUCACAUUUAGAUAGAUACAUAAGUUUUUAGGCAGCUCUUUGUAAAUACUAAAUGUAUUAAAAUGUAUAUAAUGCUAUAAGUGCAUAAACAAAGGAGCUGAAACUAUAAGUAAAAUCGGCAGUCUAAAAAAAGAAACAAAUUUGUGUACACUAUAUUUUAAAAA